AUGAACUGGAUCACAAACGGAACGUUCACCAUUGGAGCUAUCUGCAGUGGAAGCAAAGCCUCAGAUGAUUUCCCCACAGGACGUAGGCACAGCAGUGCAGGGAUCCAGGCGCUUUCGUGGGCUACCGGCACCGCAAAGUCCUUCGAUUCCCAUGAGAACAUUUUUCCGAAUAUCCUGACUCCCGACAGCAUCCCACAGUUCACCAUUCCAAGUCUGUCUGUGCAGACUGGCUUCAGAUCACUGGACAAGGAAAGUAACAAAGAGAGAGAAGGGGGCUCAGAGACGGCACCAGAGUCCUCUGUUUCUUCGGCCUGCGCCACGGUCUCGUCAUCUGCAUCGUUCUCCAGCUUUGCUUUAGUUCGGUCAGAGCGCAAAGCUGAACGGUGUGCUUCAGACCCUUUAACCAAGAGGAGAUCUCUCCUUCAGAGGGAGCCGCACUCUCCUUGCUCCUACAGUGAGACCCAGCAUUGCCUUGACCCCGCAAGCAAAGCCGCUCUCUCCCUGCCGCACUUGACCAAAAUCACCACCCCCUACGGCUUCGUCACCUUAAGCCAGAGCCCCCAGAUGGCGAGCGAGGAGGCACUUCUCUGCCAAGCAGGCCCGCACCGCUUAAACAAAGAUGACAAGAAUUCAUACUGGCUCAGCAAAGCUCCCGGGAAAAGCACAGAAGACAUUAAAGGCGAGUCCUCCCACCUGUCAGGGCCGGAGAAGAGGCUAUCCAAACACUUGGCUGACUCACAGUCUAACAGAGCGCUACAGGCUUCUUCUGCCUCCUCCACCACAGUUUCAUCAUCUCCACCACCAAGGCAACCAGAUGAGAGGCGUAAACCCCGCUUCUACGAGGUCAUAAAGAAACACUUCAUCUCCCGCCAUUAGAAACAUCACUAUAUAUUUGACUAUGUGGUAACAAUGCCAAGAAAAUAUGUUAUGUAUUUAUUUAAAUUUGCAUGUAAAAUAAAAGUUUUUCUCCCGUGUAAAACACUGAAAACUGAUUAAAUUGUACCAGAUUUUGUCACUACUCUGGCAUCACUUUCAAAAUUCGAUUUAGUAUUGAAGCACCUGGUUCUGGUUAACCAAAUUUCAGAACCCUUUGGGACAUUUUUUCAGGUCUUCUGGUAUACCCACCGCACGUCUGGUCAACACUUCCUCUUCUGUCUGCUUGUCAUUGCACACAUUGAAUACUGAGAAUUUUUUUUAAAAGCUUAUCACACCGUCACAAGGUUUCGAGACCGUUUGUCCGUAUACCUGCAUGCAACUAAAACUCAGACAUGAUUGGUUAAUACAACCAGACACAAAGCAGACAGAGAUUAGAAAACCAGAAGUGGUUUGUUUUGCAACGAGUUCAAAGUCUAGAGCUGAGCACAGAGGAAGAUCACCUUUAAGAUUCACUGAGGAUAUUCCCCAUCACCCGUGAGGUUAAGGUUAAUGGAUUCCUCUACCGCUUAAAUGUCAGUCACUCUCAGUUUGCCUGCUCCUAUUCACUUCCUCGCUGAAUACGUAUUUAUGAGCCCUGCGUCCUGCAGCGCUGAAUGCGUCCUUCUGGCAGAUGAACCAAGCGCUUGCUCUUUAGCAUAUGAAGAGACCGCUGGUCGCCUAAUACAUCCUUGGAGCAUGCAUCCUUAACCCUCCCACACACUGAAAUUAAGCAGGUAAAUGUCAUUAUGACCCAGAGUACCCUUAUCUAAGCUGAGGGCGAGGGAAACACAAGGCUGACCCUUGAUAGAUAAAGGUGAUCUAAAUUUAAAAUCACCCGCCGUGCUGUUUCUGUGCAUGAUUUAGGCCGUUCCUCAUGGCGAACAGCGGUUUCAGCUUUAAUGAAAGUAAAACAGGAGGAGAUGAAAGAAAUAAGACAUGCAGAACAUGUGUGUUGAUUAAAAUAAAACACGUUGGAGAGGUUCAUAUCGCAGUCCAUCUCUGAAUGUAUUUUUAUUGUGGUGUCAUUGUAUGUUUCUUAAAUUGGCUGAAUAUUAUUAGUUGAAUUUAUUUAUUUGCUUUAUUUUAACAUGGGCUGACUGUGGAGUUUGCAUGUUGUCCCUGUGCAUGGGUUAAAGUCACCUUAUGCAGAUGCAAGAGAGAUGUUUGUAUUUCCUGUCUCAGAGCGAUGCUGAGAAACACGCAUUCAUUACUUCUAGGCUGAACUAUUCAUUAUUAUCAGGUCAAUCCAAAACACCACCGUGAGUGUACUGACAGGGAAAAGAAAGAGACAUAUAGAAAGACCUGAUGGUACCUUAUUAUCCCAACAGAGCGCUUCGCUCUCAGACUGCUGGUUUACUUGUGGUUUGUGUGACAUUUAAAAACAAAAUGAGAACCUACUCCCAGUUUUGAUUCAAGAGACAGACACCUUCUCUACUUUCAAGAGUCUUUAAACCUUUGUGUUUGAUAAAGCAUAUAUUUAGGGCUGGAUCAGGUGACCCUGAAUUAGAUUUCAUAUGUUGAUUUGCAUGUGAUUGAGUGAAAUACAUAUUCGAUCCCAACGAUUGGCCAUGUGUCCAUGUGGAACACAGAUUACAAUCAAUCGAUUACACAUACUCACAAAGCACACAUGUCCACAGAAUCAGUUUCUUCCAUUGCAAUUUCUCCUGAUUUUAUUUGUAUUUAUUGUUUAUAUUGUAUUUUAAUGUUGAGUAUUGUGUUAAAUUUCUCUGGAUUUUUAGGACAUUUUUUUUCCUAUAUACUAAUGUACAGCACUUUGUUAUUUAUAAACUUGACUUUGAUGGAGUGGUCAAGCCAGUGUCUGGACAUCAGUCCUACGGAAAAUCUGUGGAGGCAGCUGAAGCUUUGAGUUUAAAGCAGCAGCCAGGAAACCUAAAAGAUUCAGAGAGUUUCUCUCAACCCAACCCCCUAAUUGAGUUUCUCUCAAUUAGGUAGAGGAUCAAUAGGGGGUCCAUGACCCUCCUGGGGACACUCCCAUAGGGCUUAAAAUCCGAGACCCUCCACUUAGAAUUGAACAAACUUCUCGGAUGAAACGUCUUUAAGUCCAGACGCUUCUCUUUCCGAGCUCCUUAGACUACAAUGACCUGAAUGACUGAGAACCUUCACAGACAUUUCCCCCACUGUAAGUCUUUAUUUACUUGAGAUUUCUACUUGAAAUGAAGCAUUUCUACUUCAUCAUUGUCUUUAAUUUUGACUCAUCA